GCCGUCUCCAUAAUAUUUUCAGAUUCCUUGAGUUGUCAUUAUUUAAAAAUGGAAAAUGAUAAAGAUAAGGACAAAAAAAGGAAAAAUAGAGACGGAACAAGCAGGGGCUAUUAUUCGGAGUUAGCGACAAAUUUGAGGUAUAAACAAGAAGUCGAAGAAGACCUACCUCCGGGAGCCCCUAAAAGGACCAAGUUUAUAUGGCAAGUCAAAACGGAAAAGGACGCACCCAUUCUGCCGAAGCUAGUCAAGCCGAUCAAACCUUUAUUUUUGGCUCCGGCAGAAAGAUGGAUCACUUUCCUGGAAGAUAAACAGAUAAGUUUUCCCGUUGAGACCUUCAAACCCAAAGUGCAGCUACAACAUCAAGUGGAAAUUGGUGACUUGCCUAGAAAUGUAGCCAUUGAGAGAAAAAGACGACAAUAUGCUGCCCAGAACAUUGCCGACAUCCUGCAGGAUCUGGAAGUAUCUCCAAAAUCCUUGAUACCGGUUGAUUCAUCUGUACCUUAUAUGGCGAAUACGAUGCAGGCAAUGAAUUUCCUACCGCUCGAAUUAUUCGACAAUGAAAAAUUUGAAACCAGGACUCCUGAAUCUUGGCUGGAACACGGCGUUGUGGAAGGAGUCCGACAUCCUAUACCUGGCAAAGCCUUCUUGAAAAUUCAAGAUCCGAUGGAAACCUCCAAAGAACAGAACUAUGACUGGAUAAACGUUGCAGUUACAGAUUAUUUACCAGAAAGCCAACUAUGGUCAGUUUUGACACUGGAUGGUUCCCAGCGAACUUUCAACUUGCCUCGCAUCUACAUCAUGUUCAGCGCUGAAAAUCCAAUGAUUUUCGGCGAAAGGAUCAAGGCAGCAGUGGACUUGAGGAAUCAAGUAGAGGAUACAAUAAGAUACGAAUUUUAUUUGGACUGCAUGCUUCUAACCGGAACCUUGGACUUGGACGAGAAAAGCGUUUUGAAAAUAAGAACUCUAGCAACCAGGAGUCAAACAAAGAACAUUAAUCAAGAACUCCUUCAGAAGUUGGAAACUGAAGUUAAUUUGAGUUACAAAAGGACACACGGAGAGAUGCAAUUUUUGCAGAGUAUCCAAAAUACCCAAACGGAUACAAUAUCGAUGGUCCCUCAGAAAAUGGUUGAAUCGGCGCCAGCACCUAGGGAAAAAGUGGUUACGGGUGUAAUCGACUUCAAAAAGAAGCGUGAAUACUUCAAGUGGAUGAAUAUAUACGUGAUACCAGAAACGUACAUAGCCAUGGAGUACGUGGUGAAGGAAUGCAUGAAGGUAUCAACGAUGUCGCUCUUCACCGCCAGUUUUGGUGCAAAGUAUGUUUCGUUGGAGGAGUUUGAUUCGAUACAAAGUCUAAUAACGAGCAAUCUGAUAAAACAUUUGAGAGGACCCUGGCUAGAUUCUAUCGUUUUCAACAUACGCGCUUGUUUGAGGGAUGUCGGUAAGGGCUGGUUCGACAUGCAGGAGAAAAAGUACGAAAUAUAUGAAAUAGCGAAAAUGACGAGGUUUAUGGAGCUGGUUAAACAUAGAAUGCAGUAUACUCUGAGACUUCUCGUUCUGAAUUCUAUUAACAUAUGGAUAAAUAUGUUGGAGACUCCGUGCCAGCCUUGUAUGGAAAUAGACGACGAUUAUGAAUGGGGAGAUGACUUGAUAGCCAGUCGUUUCAAACCACCCGCAGCUCCUUUGUUCCUCCUCAUCCUCAGAUUAGAAUCAGAUGGACCUCAUUUCUCUACGGAUCCAGACCAGUUUGAAAAAACGCUGCUGAAGCUUUAUGACAAUGGCAUCAGGCAAACUCAUUUCAUAAAGCAAGUUCAUCCGUAUCUUCUACCAAACCUACGGUUUCCGGAAGACCUGUGUCUGUCUUCAGUAGGCCUCUUAUCAGAAGAAGUAUCUUCAGUACGUGAUCGCUUCGUACUUGCUUAUAAGAAAGCAUUGAUACCACUGAAAGCUUACGCCAAGAAGUUUUUCGCCUAUUUGGAUCUCUUCAAUAGGGAUAUUAAUGCUUAUAUAACGAAUUAUAAGGCUGCGAACCAUUCGGCAUCUGAGUAUAAGGAAGAAAUAACUCAUCAUUAUCGACAAAAGAACAAUCUUGAGGCAACACUACCCAGCAAUAUAUCCAUAGGACCAUUUAUGGUGAGCGUUGAUACUUUGAAGAAUUUUUUGAUGAAUAAACGACAAGAUAUAAUCAACAAAUUACUCGAUACGUUUGCUGUAAGAAUGAAGGAUCUGAUCGAAGAGUCGAUAGACAAUUACAAAACUAUACAGCUGAAAUUGAAUGAGAAGCCAGAUUCUAUUGAAGCAAUUUUUGAUAUGAGAGAUUGGAUGGAAACAGUUCCUAUGACCGUCAAAUCUUUCGAGGAGAACACCAAACGAUACGUUCUGGAAUACGAUGUAUUGGAAUACUUUUGGUAUGCUUUACCUCAAGAGGAUUUCGAAAACAAAUGGGAAGCCAUCGGAUGGCCCUAUAAGUUGGUGAAGACCAUCGAAGAAACUGACCUUUUCCUGAAAGAAGAAGAGGAGAAAUAUUUCAAGAUACAAGUAGCAGAUGAAUUUGCUCUCCAGGAGAAGAUAGAAGGCCUUACCGUGCAAGUUGUUCAACUGCAGACGUUGAGGGACUUCGCAAGGAUUCACGAAAUUGCUGUCGAUAUGAGGAGGGUUUGGAAAAACAUGAAAGAAGCGCAAGAAACCGGUUUACUGCUGAAUUCGAGACAGAAGCUUUUUGGUCAACCUGUUGUACCCUUUGACGACCUGAAUAAGUUGGUCAAAGAGUUCGAACCUUACAAAAGCUUAUGGGUGACAGCUUCAGAUUGGGGAAGAUCUUAUGAAAUAUGGAUGAGCAAUCCUCUGCAAUUCAUAGAUGGAGAAUCAAUCGAAAGAACCUGUACCGAAAUGCAAAAAACCAUGAUAAAGUUGACGAGAACUUUUGCGGAUAUUCCAGCCGUACAGAAAGUUGCACAGAAUGUAAGAGAAGAAAUAGAUCAAUUUAGGCCGCAUAUACCUUUGAUCUUGAGUCUGAAAAACCCUGGAAUGAGAGCUCGACACUUCGAAAAGUUCUCAGAAGCUUCAGGAAUUCAAGUGGAUAUUGGUCCUGCCACAACCUAUCAAUAUUUCGUUGAUCUGGGUAUCACGCAAUACGCAGAACUUAUCAGUUCCAUAUCUGAAGAGGCUACCAAGGAAUACGCAGUUGAAACAACCCUCCAGAAGAUGAAAACAGAAUGGGAAUCUAAUGAUUUGGAAUUAACUUUGUAUAAGAGUACAGGUACCUUCAUCAUGAAGGUUACUGAUGAACAACAGCAAAUGCUUGACGAUCAUAUCGUCUUAACACAGCAGCUGUCUUUCAGUCCUUUCAAGGGGCCUUUUGAAAAAAUGAUAGAUGAUUGGGAAGAAGCCUUGAAAGUAACUGCUGCGGUUAUUGAGGAAUGGAUGGAAGUUCAGAAGCAAUGGAUGUACCUGGAGCCCAUUUUCACGAGUGAAGAUAUAACAAGUCAACUUCCCCUAGAAAGCAAAAAAUAUAAAUCGAUGGAGAGAACAUGGAGACGAAUCAUGCGAUCUGCGUAUGAUCAUCCUAACAUUAUAGAGUACUGUGGUGACAGAAAACUGUUGGAAAGUUUGAAAGACUGCAACCACAUAUUAGAAGUUGUACAGAAAGGCCUGACGGAUUAUUUGGAGACGAAGAGGAUGAUCUUCCCAAGAUUGUAUUUCCUCAGCGAUGAUGAACUCUUGGAAAUCCUCUCUCAAGCGAGAAACCCUUUGGCUGUGCAGCCGCAUUUGAGGAAGUGCUUCGAGAAUAUUGCUACGUUGAAAUUCGAGUCAGACUUAAAAAUCACCAGGAUGUACUCAGCAGAAGGAGAAGGAGUUGAUCUUGAUCCUACCCUCUAUCCUGUUGGAAGUGUGGAGAAUUGGCUUCUUCAAGUAGAAAUCAGCAUGCAAAACACAGUGAGAACAAUAAUGGGCGCUGCAACCGCUGAAGUUAUGAAGGCAGAAAGGACGCAAUGGGUGAUGCGUUGGCCAGGUCAGGUGGUUAUAGCUGGAAGUCAGGCCUUCUGGACAGCAGGUGUCGAGGAGGGCAUUAAGAAUGGUGCGCUGGAAAAGUUUCAUAAAGAAGUUAUGUUGGUAAAUUUGGACGGGCUGAGAAACCUUGUCAAAGGAAGUUUAUCAUUUCUGCAAAGGGAAAUACUAUCCGCACUUAUUGUUAUUGAGGUGCAUUCUAGAGAUGUGACGCAAAAUUUGGUCGAUUUGAACAUCUCGAAUGCUAAUGAUUUCGAUUGGAUCAGUCAAUUGAGAUAUUAUUGGGUUGUUGAUCAGAUGAAAGUCAGAGCUGUUAACGCAGAGUUUCCUUACGGCAACGAAUAUUUGGGGAACAGUGGAAGAUUAGUUAUAACUCCGUUGACCGAUAGAUGCUAUUUAACAUUAACGGGAGCUCUUCAUCUCAAAUUUGGAGGUGCGCCUGCUGGACCUGCAGGUACAGGGAAAACGGAAACUACCAAGGAUUUAGCGAAAGCCAUGGCAAGGCAAUGUGUUGUGUUCAAUUGCUCAGAUCAGCUGGAUUUCAUGGCAAUGGGAAAGUUUUUCAAAGGAUUGGCAAGUUCUGGAGCUUGGGCAUGUUUCGAUGAAUUCAACAGAAUUGACAUAGAGGUUCUUUCUGUUGUUGCACAGCAGAUCACAACUAUCCAGAAAGCUCAGCAGGCUCGAUUGGACAGAUUCUUUUUCGAAGGCUCUGAAAUCGUUUUGAAAGAAUCCUGCGCAGUAUUCAUCACGAUGAAUCCUGGAUACGCGGGACGCACAGAGCUUCCGGACAACCUCAAGGCUCUGUUUCGUCCCGUUUCCAUGAUGGUCCCGGAUUACAGCUUAAUCGCUGAGAUCUCACUCUUCUCAUUCGGUUUUGGUAACGCCAAACAGUUGGCGAACAAAAUAACGACCACCUUCAAACUGAGCUCUGAGCAGCUCAGCAGCCAGGACCACUAUGACUUCGGCAUGAGAGCUGUGAAAACUGUAAUAGCCGUUGCUGGUAAUUUGAAACGUGAAAGACCACAGAUGGACGAGCCGCAAAUGGUGCUGAGGUCAUUGAGAGAUGUCAACGUUCCUAAGUUUCUCAAAGAUGAUUUGAAAUUGUUCAACGGUAUCGUAUCUGAUCUCUUCCCAAGGAUGGUUGAAGAAGCGGUUGAUUAUGGAGCAUUAGAAAAAUCCAUCAGAGCAUCCAGCAUCGAAAUGUUAUUAGAAGAUGUUGAUGAAUACGUGAAGAAAGUUAUCCAAUUAUACGAGACGACCAUCGUUCGUCACGGCCUGAUGUUGGUGGGUCCAACUGGAUCUGGAAAAACAAAAUGUUAUCAGAUCCUGAAGAAAGCCAUGACUGCGCUCAAAGGAGAACCGCAACCCAGCGGUUAUCCCUUUGAAGCCGUUAAAACUUAUGUCAUGAACCCGAAAUCGAUAACCAUGGGUCAGCUGUACGGUGAAUUCGACUUGCAGACGCACGAAUGGACAGAUGGUAUACUCCCAUCUCUUGUGAGAGUUGGAAUUAUAGCGGAAAAUAAGGAUAAGAGGUGGUAUAUCUUCGAUGGACCAGUAGAUGCUGUAUGGAUCGAGAAUAUGAACACCGUUUUGGACGAUAACAAAAAGCUUUGUCUGAGCAGUGGCGAAAUAAUCAAACUUCGGGAUACUAUGACGAUGAUGUUCGAAGUUGCUGAUUUGGCUGUUGCCUCUCCAGCGACAGUCUCCCGUUGCGGUAUGGUUUACUUGGAGCCCAGCGUAUUGGGAUUAGAGCCCUUCAUUAACUGUUGGCUGAAUGUUCUGCCGGCGCUUGCGAAACCCUUUGCGGACCGACUGAAAAAUUUGAUCCAGAUUUAUGUUUUACCAGCAAUAGAACUGGUUCGUUACAAGACUAGGGAAAUUUUAACUUCCGUCGAUUCAGCUCUGUUAAUUCACUUCUUGAGACUCAUGGAUUUUCGUUUCCUGCCAAUAAGUGGGAAAGAUAACAGACCGCCUCCAAGUGAAGGAUUCCGAGCCCUUCUAGGAAGUUUAAUGGUACCCUUUGUUGUUUCUUCUAUGAUUUGGAGCAUUGGAGCUACUUGCGAUAGCAGUGGUCGCAAUAAGAUAGAUAAAUUUGUGAGAGAUAAAAUGCAAACCAACGAUCACAAUCCAAAAUUUCCAAGUCCUGGAAUAGUUUACGAUUACAAACUGAGAGAUGGUGGUUUUGGGGAACCAUCGGAUUCCGGUGAGCCAGAGCAACCAUAUUGGGAGCAUUGGAUGGAAAAAGUUGAAGAAUACAAAAUAAACGUCGAAAUGAAAUACUCCGAUAUCGAAGUACCAACCAUCGACAAUGUCAGGAAUUCAUAUAUGAUUGGCGCCAUUUUGCUCAAUGAACGAAAUGUACUUUGCGUUGGACCUACAGGAACUGGAAAGACAUUGACAGUUAUCGCUAAACUAGCGAAGAAUAUGCACAAAAAAUUCAUUUGCGAUUUCAUGAGUUUUUCUGCUAGGACUAGCGCAAACCAGACACAGGAUCUCAUUGAUUCCAAACUGGAUAGAAGACGUAAGGGAGUUUUUGGACCACCAGUUUUGAAACGCCAGAUAUUCUUCAUCGAUGACUUCAAUAUGCCAGCUUUAGAAGUGUAUGGCGCUCAGCCACCGAUUGAGCUCAUACGACAGUGGAUGGACUUCGGAGGGUGGUAUGAUAGGAAGAACAUUGGAGAAUUCCGAAAAAUAAUUGACGUGAAUUUUGCUACAUCCAUGGGCCCCCCAGGAGGUGGCAGAAAUCCUGUCACUGCUCGUUUACUCCGUCAUUUUCACUUCAUUGCUUUCUUGGAGAUGGAGGAUUUUAGCAAGCGUAAUAUAUUCGGGACCAUAUUGAAAUUCUGGUUAGACCGUACGCCAGAACAGAGUGACUAUUUCGAAGCAAUUCUCCUGUCAUCAAUGAACGUCUAUUCCACGAUAUUGAAGGAACUUCUGCCCACUCCUGCCAAGACACAUUAUACAUUCAAUCUCAGGGACCUGAGUAAAGUUUUUCAAGGAUUACUAAUGUUCGAACCCGAACAAGUGGAGGAUAUUACAGAAGUGGUUCGAUUGUGGUAUCACGAAUGCAUGAGGGUGUUUCAAGAUCGACUAGUUAACGAUGAAGAUCGCAACUGGUUCAACGAUUUAUUGAGGAAGACCAUCAAGGAUAACUUUAAAUUAGAUCCUGAAGAAGCGCUGGGUUCUAAUACCAUUCUCUUCGGAGAUUUCUUGGACCCCCAAGCAGAUAUAAAGCAGUACAAACAAAUUACAGAUAGAGAAAAGUUGUCAGAUGUACUAGAUUACUACCUAACUGAGUACAAUAACCAGAGCACCAGACCUAUGAGGCUUGUCCUUUUUUUGGACGCCAUUGCUCAUGUGUGCAGAAUCUCGAGAAUAAUACGUCAACCUAUGGGAAAUGCACUUUUAUUGGGCAUGGGAGGAUCCGGACGACAAAGUUUGACGAGGCUGGCUACUUUUAUGGCAGAGUUUUACCGCUUUCAAAUAGAAUUGAGCAAGGUGUAUGGUCCAACUGAAUGGAGGGAUGAUAUCAAACAGUUGAUGCUAAAAGCUGGUUUACACCGCGUGGAAACAGUAUUCUUAUUUUCUGAUACUCAGAUCAAAUCAGAAACAUUCCUUGAGGACCUGAACAACAUAUUGAAUUCAGGGGAUGUUCCAAACAUCUAUCAACCGGACGAGAUGGAUUUGAUUUAUCAGAAUAUGAAGGGAAUCCUACAGGAAUUGGGAAUGACCGCUACAAAAUCUAAUCUGUUUUCAGUUUACCAGAAACAGGUCAGAUCGAAUCUUCAUACUGUCAUCACAAUGAGUCCAAUUGGAGAAAUUUUCCGAGCUCGUUUGAGACAAUUCCCUGCACUUGUGAACAAUUGCACUAUCGAUUGGUUUAGUGCGUGGCCGGACUCCGCAUUACAAUCUGUGGCACUUCAGUUUCUGGAUGAUAUCCCUGAAUUGGACUGUUCGGAGGAAGUUCUGAAAGGAAUCGUUGUUGUCUGCCAAUUCAUGCAUGCCAGUGUAGUCGAUGCGAGCGAGCUUUAUAGGCAGGAACUUUCAAGACACAACUACGUUACACCUACGUCGUACUUAGAACUACUCUCAAGUUAUUCCAAUCUCAUAAAUGUUAGAAAGAAUUCUCUUCUUGAGGGCACCUCUCGACUUCGAAUAGGUUUGGAAAAACUACAGAACACAUCUGAAGAAAUCAAAGUUCUUCAAGAAAAUUUGAAGGUGAUGAAGCCUGCGUUGGAAGAAGCUGCUAUUGAAGCUAAUAUAAUGAUAGAGAAGAUUGCAGAAGAUACGAAAGUUGCCGAAGAAACCAAGGUGCUAGUCGAGAAGGAGGAGUUUGAAGCAACGAAAAAAGCUAUGGCCACUGAAGAAAUCGCAGAAGACGCCAAGAGAGAUCUGGCUGAGGCGAUGCCAGCACUGUUGGCAGCCGAAGAAAGUUUGAAACAACUGAAUAAAAACGAUAUCACUGAAGUGAGAGCAAUGAAACGACCUCCAGGAGGUGUAGUCUAUGUCAUUGAAUCUAUCUGCAUAGUAAAGAAUAUAAAACCAAUCAAGGUCGCAGGGACAAAAAUUGGCGAAAAAAUUCUGGAUUAUUGGGAGCCUGGCAGACAAAUGUUAGCUGAUCCUGGUGCUUUCCUUUCAUCCCUUAUGAAUUUCGAUAAGGACUCUAUCACAGAGGAAAUGAUAGAGAAGCUAACGAAAUAUGUUAAUGAUGAGGGUUUUCAGCCAGAAAAAAUUGCGAAGAUUUCGAAAGCUUGCACAUCACUUUGUAUGUGGGUACAUGCAAUGUAUAAAUUCUAUUUCGUCAACAAGAGCGUUGCACCGAAAAAGGCUGCUUUGAAACAGGCAGAAGAAGAUCUUGCUAAGACAAUGGCGGCUUUGGCUGAAGCUAAAAAAAGAAUGAAGGCUGUUAUGGAUGGCCUGGAAAUACUCCAGAAACAGCUCGCAGAGAAAAUUGCCUUCAAAGAGGAGAAAGAACAGAGUAUUGGUUUAUGUGAGGAGAGAAUGAAUAGAGCUGUUAGGCUUCUGACAGGUCUAGGUGAUGAGAGAGUUAGAUGGAUAGGCACUAUUGAAAAUAUCGAAGCAAGUAUAGUGAACGUCACUGGGGAUAUCCUCCUCAGUGCAGGAGCAAUUGCGUACCUGACACCUUUCACAGACAAAUAUAGAAGAGGUCUGCUUUCGGAGUGGAUAGAACUUGUUGGAGAGAAGAAAAUUCCCCAUUCAGAGAAUUACGACACAGUUCUUACCUUAGGAGAACCCGUAACUAUUAGAUCAUGGCAGUUGAGUGGACUACCAAGGGAUUAUUUGUCGACCGAGAAUGCGGUCUUGGUAUCUUGUUCAAAACGCUGGCCACUCUUCAUCGACCCACAGGGGCAGGCGAAUAAAUGGGUUAAAAACAUGGAAAAAAAUAAUGGAUUAGCCAUAGCUAAGUUGUCAGAUAAAAAUCUCAUAAGAACAUUGGAAUCAGCGGUGAGAUUUGGAAAACCUGUUCUUAUAGAGAAUAUUGGAUUGGAAUUAGACCCGGCACUCGACCCUGUACUCUUGAGACAAGUGUUCAAGCAAGGAGGAACAAUGGUUAUGAAACUAGGAGAGACAAUCGUGCCUUAUGAUAAUAAUUUCCGACUCUUUAUGACUACGAAACUUCCGAACCCUCACUAUACUCCUGAAAUUGCUGUGAAAAUUCUUCUAGUGAAUUUCACACUAGUUCCCAGUGGCCUCCAAGAUCAACUUCUAGCGUUAGUCGUGAUGCAAGAAAGACCAGAUCUUGAGGAGCAACGCCAACAGAUUGUCGUCAGCACAGCCCAGAUGAAGGCCGAGCUGAAAGAAAUCGAGGACAGGAUUCUGUAUAAAUUGAGCAUAUCCGAAGGUUCUCCAUUGGAUGAUCUGGAUUUCAUUAUAACUUUGGAAGCCUCAAAGGUUAAAAGUGAAGAUAUAAAAAACAAAGUGGAAUCUGCUGAAAUCACACAAAUCGAUAUAGAUAAUACCAGAGCUCUGUAUAUUCCUGUAGCCAACAGAGCUCAAAUUUUGUUCUUCUGCCUGGCUGACCUUUCCAACGUUGAUCCGAUGUACCAAUAUUCUUUGGAGUGGUUUAUAUCGAUAUUCAUGAAUAGUAUGGCUGUGACUGAGAAAUCGAGUGAAAUUGCCCAGAGGGUGUACAUCAUAAAUGAACAUUUCACGUUCAGCUUGUUCACCAACGUCUGCAGAAGUCUUUUCGAAAAGCACAAACUUCAUUUCGCCUUCCUGAUGUGCGCCAGGAUUUUAAUGGACAUAAAUAAAAUUGAUGGCCAUGAAUGGCACCAUUUCUUAGCUGGAGGAUCGCCGAUAGGGACGGAUCGCAAUCCCUGUCCUGAGUGGCUUUCCAGUAAAUCCUGGAAUGAAAUUUUAUCCCUGCGAGUACUUCCUACAUUUGAGUCAUUCACGAACACGUUCGCAGUAAAAAAGGCCCAUUAUCAGAUGAUGUUCGAGGCACAGGAACCCCAACUACAAUCCCUGCCAGAACCCUUCGAAUCCCAGUUAUCCUUUUUCCAACGAUUGUUGGUUCUGAAGUGCCUUCGUCCUGACAAAGUUACGAAUGCCAUCCAGAUAUUUUUGGCUCAUGAGCUCGGACAGCGAUUUGUUGAGCCUCAGACCACCGAUCUCGGUGAAAUGUUCGCGGAGUCUGGUCCAACCGUACCUUUGAUAUUCGUUUUAUCAACGGGUACAGACCCGGCCGCCGAUUUAUAUAAAUUCGCUGAGAGGAUGAAAAUGGCGAAGAGGAUGUUCUCGAUUUCGUUAGGGCAAGGUCAAGGGCCCAGGGCAGAAGCCUUAAUUAAGAGCGGCUGCGAUGCUGGAUCCUGGAUAUUCUUUCAGAACUGUCACUUAGCACCUAGUUGGAUGCCAAGACUGGAAUACCUCAUUGAAAACAUCGAGCCGGAAAAUACCCACAGAGAUUUUAGGCUGUGGUUAACAUCGACACCUUCGCCCCAUUUUCCGGUAUCCAUAUUACAAAACAGUUCAAAAAUGACGAUAGAGCCACCGUCUGGCAUAAAGGCUAAUCUACUCAGGGCUUAUAUCAGCCAGGUAGCGGAGCUGAGUGAUUUCCUUCAGUCCGAACAUCCGAAGGCUCCACCUUUCAAGAUGCUUCUUUUUGCCCUCUGUCUAUUCCACGCUGUUCUGUUGGAAAGAAGGAAAUUUGGCCCUCUGGGUUUCAAUAUACCAUACGAAUUCACCACGGGUGAUUUGAAAAUUUGUAUAUCCCAAUUGCACAUGUUCCUCAUGGAGUACGAUCAGACACCAUUCAAAGUACUGACAUAUACUGCUGGUCACAUCAAUUAUGGUGGAAGAGUUACUGAUGACUGGGACAGAAGAUGUCUGAUGAAUAUCUUAGGAGACUAUUACGAUCCAAAAGUUGUUGCCCCUAAGUAUCGUUUCGAUCGCACUGGUGUUUACUAUCAGUUACCUCCAGACGCGUUAUACCUAGACUACUUGGACUACAUCAAAUCACUUCCAAUAAAUGAUGAUCCAGAAGUUUUCGGAAUGCACUCUAAUGCUGAUAUAACUUUUGCCCAAGCACUAACCUCUAGUUGCUUGUCUACAUUGUUGAUGUUACAACCAAAGCAAAUUGGUGGUGCAGCUGCGAGUCAAGAGGAAGUUACAGGAAACGCUGCCAAAGAUAUCUUGGAACAUCUACCCCCAUUAUUCGACUUGGGGGAAAUAGCUAGAAAAUAUCCUGUACUCUAUGAAGAGUCCCUGAAUACCGUGAUAAUGCAAGAGGCUAUACGAUAUAAUAAGUUACUAAAAGUUAUAUCAGAUAGUUUGAAGGACUUACUAAAAGCUCUGAAAGGAUUGGUGGUUAUGUCGGAAGCCCUAGAAAAAAUGUCAAGAAGCUUAUUCAGUAACCUGGUUCCUGAAAUGUGGGCAUCAAAAGCAUAUCCAUCGUUGAAACCUCUAGCGGCAUGGGUUUCUGAUCUUCAUGCUAGAAUUGAAUUCUUGAUCAAGUGGAAGAACGAGGGUAUUCCACCAGUUUUUUGGAUCUCUGGAUUCUAUUUUCCGCAGGCCUUCCUAACGGGAACCCUUCAGAACUUUGCAAGGAAAUACGUGAUUUCAAUAGAUACCAUCAAUUUUGCAUUCAAGGUUUUACCCGAGAGACCAAUAAGAAGGCCCCCAGAUGGCUGCUGUAUAUGGGGCCUAUUUCUGGAGGGCUCUAAAUGGAACUACCAAACUGGUCAGUUGGAUGAGUCAAAUCCUAAAGAAUUAUAUACGGAAAUGCCUGUAGUGUGGUUAAUACCGGAAGAAAAUCAUAAGAAGCCGGAUAAUACUUAUGUUUGCCCGGUUUAUAAAACCUUAACCAGGGCUGGUACGCUAUCUACCACGGGACACUCCACAAAUUAUGUACUGGCGAUAGAGGUACCUACCAAUAAACCUGAAAGACACUGGAUAAAGAGAGGAGUGGCCCUGAUAUGUGCUCUAGAUUACUAAGAUUAAAAUUCGAUUUCAAAUGAAAUCUCAGCUAUAACGUGUACAAAUCAAUAUAUCUAUAAAAUAAAAUUUCAACUA